CUGCUUGGGUAGGCGGUCUACCCCAUGCUUCAUUUGCUUCUAUUUCUUUCCAAGUACUUGCAAUUCCAGUCCAGUCCAGGAACAAUUGGAUUAGAAAUCAGCACCUCAAAAAUUUGAUGUCAGGAUGCCAAUAUGAUGUCAAGACUGCAAAGAAAAGCCUGAAUUACUUAUCCAUUCGGUUACAAGUAUCUUUCUCGUACCCCUGCUUUCUUAUCUUAGAUAAAUAAAUCCUUCAUUGAUCCUUCUAAUCAACCAUUUUCUCUCCAUUUGUGGGAACCUCAAUCUGAACCGUCUCUUUUUAUACACCAGGAAUUUCUCUUCUCUCUCAAAAAUCGUGACUUUCCUUCUUCCCCUGUUAUCCCAUUUCAAUCUCCCAACAAGAGAAAGAAAAUGAAAAUUCCAUCUUUUGUCCAUACCAUUACCCCAGUAGUGCUGUUCAUUCUCCUUCAAUUCUUUACCUACAUGGCCUCAACCUCAGCUACCUCACCAUUCCAAACCCGAAAAGACAUUGACUACAUCAAAAUUUCAUGCAACACCACAUCCUACCCCAGGCUCUGCUACCGUUCCCUCUCAAUCUAUGCCAGCGAAAUCAACUCCAGCCCCAAACUCUUAGCCAACACCGCCCUCAAUGUCACCCUCAGGGCAGCGAAAUCCACUUCAAGGUUGAUGACAAGGAUCUCGAGAAUUCCCGGAUUGAGACGGAGGGAGGCGGUGGCACUGGCGGAUUGCAUGGAGGUGAUUGGAGACUCAGUGGAGGAGAUACAACAGUCUAUAGAGGAACUGGGUCAUAUAAACCGCUAUAAUUUUGACAUCACCAUGAGUGAUAUUCAGACAUGGGUAAGCGCCGCGCUAACGGAUGAAGACACCUGCAUGGAAGGAUUCGACGGGACGGCCAUGGAUGGAAAGGUUAAGGGUAUGGUGAGGAGACGUAUUGUUAAGAUUGCCCAUUUGACAAGCAACGCCUUGGCCAUCGUUAACGACUAUGCCUCAACUCCUACCAACAUGCCCUAAUAAUUUUCUGUUUGUUUCUCGGGAAAAAAGCAAAAAAAGAUCUGAAGAAGUAAGUUGCAUAUGAUUAAUAUGAGGCUAGUCUAGAUUUCUGUAAUAAUAGAAGCAGGGGACUGCAAUUUCUUUUUUGUGUGCCAUAAAAUUUAGGGGAAAUGUAUAAUGAAAUGAAGAUGUAAAU